AUGGUUCGCGUCAACUCCUUCGCCAUGGCUGUCGCCGCCAUCAUCGGUGUCCCUAUGGUCGAGUCUCACACCUGGGUCGAGCAGCUCAACCGCGUCGCUGCCAACGGUACUCUCGUUGGUCCUGAUGGCUUUUCCAAUGGCUGGGCUGGUCGUCUCAACGGCUUUGACGACGAGCGGUACACAAUGCGCAUUCCCGGAAAGGGCUUCAAUCUCUGCGAGAAGUCCAUGCCCGGUAGCCAGCCUGCAGAGUUCCCGUCCUUGACUGCUGCUCCUGGCGACUUCGUUUCUCUUCGCUACCAGGAGAACGGCCAUGUCACUAAGCCGACCGCCCCCGAGAACAAGCCCCUCAACCGCGGCACUGUCUUCAUCUACGGCACCACCCAGCCCAAGUCUAACCCUAGCGUCUUCGACAUUCACCGCCAGUGGACUGCUGACGGCAAGGGUGGCGAUGGCACUGGUCGCCUCCUGGCAACUCGCAACUACGACGAUGGCCAGUGUUACCAGGUCAACGAUUCGCCCAUCUCCCAGGAGCGUCAGGGUGCCGCUGUGCAUGAAGCUCUUCAACCCAUGGGCGUCAACAUUUGGUGCCAGACGGCCUUCCAGCUCCCUGAGGAUCUGGCCCAGAACUCAGAGUACUCCAUCUACUGGGUCUGGACUUGGCCUACUCUCAAGCCGGGUGUCGUCGCUGAGUCCACGAACGGCCAGUUUGCCGACUUCCCUGUCGGCUUCACGGACGACAAGCGCGCUGCUACCUCUGAGGAUAUCGAGACGCCUGAGCUCUAUUCUAGCUGCUCUGUUAUCAAGGUUCAGGGUGAGAAGCUUGUGCCCGGUGCCAAGGCUUCCUCGAACUCCAACAAGGCUACCAACGCUCUGUCUGCCUUCACGUUCCUCGAGGAGACGGAUUACAACUUCAACGCUAUCAAGGACCAGCUUGCCAACCCCUUCCAGGUCAGCGUCGACGGCCAGGCUGCCCCUGUCAACUCAGCCCCCAGCAAUGGUACUCACAGCAGCACUCCGGCCGCUACUCGCACUCCGACUCCCACCGUUCCUUCUGGAGUCGCCCAGGGCACCAACAAGGCUCGAGUUCUCACUGUCUCUGCUCCUGCUAUGACUCUGUACUCGUUCCUUACUGUCACUCUCAAUGCCCAGACUCCCGCUCCGACUCCCACCAGCGGUCAACAGUCUGCUGAGGCCAGCGUCACCCCCUUCCUCCACGGCCGUCAUGUCAGAGGUAGAGACUCUUGGAACUUCGGCCAGGGCAACUAA